AUGGGAGAUAGGUAUCUGAUUAUUGGCGGGGACGGCUUCCUUGGUCGCUGGAUAAUCGAACUGCUUCUCCGUCGUGAUGAGCCGAAUAUAUUUGUAUUUGACCUCCGAAGUCACUUUGACGACGUUAAAUACUUUAUAGGUGAUCUCACCAAGUAUGAAGAUAUUAAUAAUGCAAUAAAGCGGGGGCGGAUAUCCAUAGUCAUCAAUACUGUAUCGCCUCUAACGGGUCUUGGCGAUGAUAUUUAUUGGAAAGUGAAUGUUGAUGGAACUAAAAAUGUGAUUAGAGCUUGCAUUGAGAAUGGAGUGCAAAAGUUGAUUCAUACUAGCAGCGCUAGUGUACUAUUUGAUGGAGUUAGCGAUUUGGUAAAUGCUGAUGAGACAACACCUUAUCCAGAAAAAUAUGCGGAUGCAUAUAAUGAGACUAAGGCUAAAGCAGAGGCUCUUGUUCUUGAAGCGAAUGGAAAAAACAAUCUUUUGACCUGCGCUCUUCGUCCUUCUGCUAUAUUCGGUCCUAAGGACAGAACCUUAAUACCUGGUAUAAUUGCCGUAGUAAAAAGAGGGCAAACUAAGUUUCAAAUUGGAGAUAAUUCUAACCUGUUUGACUAUUCAUACGUGGAGAAUGUGGCAUAUGCACACAUUCUCGCUGCUGACAAGAUGGCGCCUGACAAUAAAAUUGGCGGAGAGGCCUUUCUAAUAACUAAUGGAGCCCCGGUCCCAUUCUGGGAUUUCCUUAGAUUUACAUGGGCGCAGUUUAAGCAUUACCCUCCAUUUGUUAUUAAAAUGCCGAGAUCGGUUGGGCUGACUCUUGCGAGCUUAGCUGAAUGGUCUAGCUACCUACAAGGGAAAGAGCCAGGAUUUACCAGGUUUAGAGUGAAGUUCUCUUGCGCAAACAGAUACUUUAAUAUAACCAAGGCCAAAACUAUUUUGGGAUAUGAACCGAUAAUUGGUCUGGAAGAAGGGCUGAGGAGAUCUUGUCAGUAUUUUAUAGAAGAGCUAAAUCAAGGACGACUUGAUUUUAAAUGA